AUGCAAAUCAGCAAUUACACAAAAUGGUUGGAGGUCGUCGACGCCGUCGUCCGCGAGGUGGGCGCGAGCCGCGUCGGCGUGAGGUUGUCGCCAUUCACCGAGUUCAUGGAAUGCGUGGACUCCGACCCGGUGGCGCUCGGCAGCUAUAUGGUGCGGCAGCUCAAUAAGCAUGACGGCUUCAUCUACUGCCACAUGGUUGAGCCUCGACUAUCCUACAAUGGCAUGUUUGCUGCCGAUGAUCAGAGGCGUAUUCCACAUGGGCUUUUGCCGUUUCGGAAGAUCUUCAAUGGAACGUUCAUUGCCGCCGGAGCUUAUGACCUGGAGGAAGGCAACGAGGUAGUGGCCAAUAGCUACACAGAUCUCGUGGCUUAUGGGAGGCUUUUCUUGGCUAACCCAGAUCUGCCUAAGCGGUUCGAGCUAGGUGCACCAUUGAACAAGUAUGACCGUUCCACAUUCUACACACAAGACCCUGUUAUUGGCUACACGGACUAUCCUUUCCUUGAGGAUGAUCAUUAUGACUUGUGA